GUCUCCGCUCUCUCCCUGCGCUGAGCGCUGACAGGCAGCAGGCUGGCCGGAGACCGUUGGUGCUGCUGCCGUUGUUGUUGUUGCUGCUUCCGCCGCCACCGGCUUCACUCCACGUUGUGAGCUUCCGUCCGGAUACAAAGUGACGCCGGAGCGGGACUUGAAUUCAGUUAAAGGACAGAAACAACAGCAGCAAAGUGUUUUCGGAGGCUUUGGACUCGCUGACCGGCUGAGCUUUCUUCUCUUCCGUCCUCCUCCCGGUCGUCCGCGGACAGUGGUUUGAGUGAGACUCUGACCGAGGAGCCGACAGUCGAGAGGUGUUCGACUGCAUGAAGAGGCUGAGUGACGGGACUCUGGUCCUCGCCUAAACCCCUCCCACGACCUCUCCAAAAGCCUGGACAUGAGGUCGUUUCGAUCGUUUGCGAACGAUGACCGCCACGUCAUGGCCAAGCAUGCCAGCAUCUAUCCAGCCCCUGAGGAGCUGGAGGCUGUCCAGACGCUGGUGUCUACCGUGGAGGGAGCCCUCAAGAAAGUCUCUGAUUGGAUGGAUGACCUCAGCAAAUCCUCAGGGAAGACAUCCACCAAUAACGAGGCCGGGGAUGACACGGUGGAGGAAGAUGCUGCUGAGAAAAAGCUGGAUGCUACAUCGGUGCUGUGUGGGGUGACGCGUGUCGGCCUGGUAGCCAAAGGGCUGCUCAUCAAAGGGGACAUGGACCUGGAAUUGGUUCUAAUGUGCAGAGAGAAACCCACCAAACUGCUGCUCUACACCAUCAGCGCCAACCUCCCCCUGCAGAUCCAGACAAUGACCGACGACAAAUACGAGGUGCGGUCGUGCGUGCCCGAGGCGGCCAUCCAGGUCUGCACCACCAAAGACCCCCAUCUCACGCUGAAGAUCACCCUCUCCUCUUUAGCCAUGAGGGACGAGCAGAGCGCCACGGAAGAAGAGGAGGGCGAGCAGGACGCUGACAAACGGAGACAGGAGGAGGAGGAGGAAGAGGAGGACGUCCUGGUCAGGCAGAAGUGCCAGGCGGCACUGGCUUCACUCCGACACGCCAAAUGGUUCCAGGCCAGAGUCACAGACCUCAAGUCCUGCGUCAUCGUUUUGAGGAUCCUCAGAGACAUGUGCAACCGGCUGCCUGUGUGGCAGCCUCUCAAGGGCUGGCCUUUGGAGCUGAUCUGUGAAAAGGCCAUAGCCACCUGUAACCGGCCGCUGGGUCCAGGUGAAGCCCUGCGCCGCGUCAUCGAGUGCAUCGCCUCAGGGAUUCUCCUCCCAGGGGGUCCAGGAGUUCAUGACCCCUGUGAGAGGGAGCCCACGGACGUCCUGUCUGACCUCAGCGCCCAGCAGGCUGACGCCAUCACACACAGCGCUCAGCAUGCGUUACGCCUCCUGGCCUUUGGACAGCUUUACAAGGUCUUGAAUAUGGAUCCUCUGCCCGCCAGCAAGCCCUCACCGAGGCUGUUAGAAGGCGGCUGUCAGAAGAGGCUCCGGGAGGACAUCGGGUCAGACGACAGAGACUUCAUCAAAAGGAUGAAAGUGCUGGACUGGAGGAUGACCGAUCCAAACCAUCCCAUGAAUGCUCUGAUGCGUCUGAACCAGAUCCACCCGGGCCUUCAGUACCGCCUGCUGUCCCAAUCUGGCCCAGUGCACGCUCCAGUCUUCACCAUGUCUGUGGAAAUCCAGGGAACCACAUACCAGGCCACGGGGAACUCCAAGAGAACCGCCAAGCUCCAAGUAGCCCUCAAGGCGCUGCAGGCUUUGGGCUACGUGCUCGGCAGCGAUGGAGACGUGGACUCGCUGAGCGCCGACGAGAAGUCAGAUGGCGAAGGGAAGAACGACAGGAUGUCCACCAGCUCCAGCUCCACCUCCAUCACCUCCUCCACAGACACACAGGAGUCUAGAGCUCCUGGACCGAUCCUGACGGCGGGAGGUAAGAACCCGGUGAUGGAGCUGAAUGAGAAACGCCGCGGCCUCAAAUACGAGCUGAUAUCAGAGAGCGGCAGCAGCUACGACAAACGCUUCAUCAUAGAGGUUGAGGUAGACAAGCAGGUUUUUCGGGGAACGGGUCCCAACAAGAAAGUAGCCAAAGCCAGCGCUGCGCUCGCCGCUCUGAACAGCCUGUUCUCCGGCUCUAAAUCUACGACCAACAAGAAGAAACGGCCAAACCCUCCACCAAAGCGACCCGUGGCUUCGGUCCUCACCCUCCCAGCCCUCGCUGCCAGACCUCCACGGGUCCCCGUUAUCCCCAGAGCUCCCUACAUCAGCACCCCACCCGCACAUGGAUACAUCCCACCAGGUUUUGGUCCUCCUUAUGGUUACAGCCCUGCAGGCGCCCUCCCUGCUUACGGUUUUCCCUCCAGAAUGCCCUCAGUAGUUGUCCCAGUCAUCAGAGUUCCCACAGCAUACCCCGUCACCCACCUCUACCCCUAUUAGGACUCUCCCUCACCCACUUCACAGGAAGUCACUUGUUAAAGGAAUAUCCUGACUUUGGCUGUGUAUUCACGACACAAAACCCAACCCUGCAGUCUACAAUCCUUUAAGCAUCAAAUCAGGCAGUGGGAUUUUUGUACAGCAUGCAUCCUCUGGGCUAAAACGGUUUCACAGUCAUGUCAUUACUCUCCAUGUGAACACAGAGUUUGACAAAAAAGCUCUGUAUCAUUAAAUCAUUACGCAAUCAAAAGUUCAGCAUUUAAUGAGCAGUGUAUGGAAGACUGGUGAGGUAAAUAUGACAAAUUAAACAGCCCUACAUGUCCUGCUGGGUAAUAAAUCCAGCAGGGAACACCAAUAAUACAGUGUAGUUUGUUUUUCUUAAAACUUACUAAACAAAAAUAUAUUAUCCACUUAAAUGCCAUUAGUAUUAGGAGGCGCAGUAAACAAUAAUUAAUGACCAUAGUUGAGUCUCCUGUUGUGGGAAUUUCUGUACAGGGCGACUAUAUGAUUAUCAGUGAGAGUUUAUGCAGUGGAAAAAAAGGCAACUGAUUCUAAUACAUCAUCCUACAGUGUUCCUAAGUUAUUUUAAUGAUCUAAACAUUCUCUGUAGGAUUAAAUUAACAGGAUAUUGAUAUAUUUAGAGGCUCUUAUUUUGUUCCCUUCAAUCUAAAAUGUACUGAAGAUGGCUACUUCAGAGGAUUAAAUAUGACAUGUGCAUUACAAGGAGCUGAAGUGAGACUACUGAAAAUACGAUGCAGUAAAUAUGUAAAUAAAUACAUUAAAUGUUUAGAAGGGAUUUAACUAAGUAUUAAGUAUCUACAAAACUAACGUAAUAUACCAGCAGGUAGGUUUACUUAAAAAUAAAUACAUAAAUUCAGGUCUUUAGGGAACUAAAUUAGCAACAACUACACAUGGAUGAUGAAAUGUCUCACUCAAACUAACUUUUAACAAAAGAAACACAGAUGACAAAGUAUACAAUGGAGAAAUUCAAUAAAACGUCAUCUGAAGUUAACUUAUUUAUUUAAUUUCCCUAAAGUGUCCCAAAGCUUACCAUAUUCUAUUUGAAGUAAAGAAAUAAACUAUUAAAUGUACUAUGCAAAAACUAAGCAAGGAAUGAAUUACUUAUUUAGUUUUUUUUCUUUAAUUAACAUAUCUACGUUUUGAACUGAAGAAAAACAGAAGUGAGCAAUUUAAACUUCGACUUUACUUCUCAACACUUUCUCAGUGUGCAGUGGGUGUUGUUCUGGGUCCCUAAAGUGGUAUUGAACAUAAAAUAUUCUAUUUGAACUAAAAACUAAACAAAUUGAAUUUACUGUCCUGGGGACACAUUUUGCAGUAAGCAGCUGGUGUAAAUUUGAAUGAAAUAUGAAUGAAAGAUUUAAUAGAUUUAAAAACAAAUAAAUGUAUAACUACUCGAGGGAACUAAAUUAAGACCAGGUAUAAAGUGACUACAAAGUAGCAAACUAAAAUCGCUGAUUCUUUUAUUGAAUUUUUUUAUAUAUAUUUUGAAAAAAAGAGAGUACCAAAUAUUCAAUGUGGAAACUAGAGAACUAAAAAUAAAUCUGGAGGGAACCAAAGACCUUUCAAAUCUAAGUAACUACUACAUACCGACAAUAUGGAGCUAUACCGUGAUUGUAAAGAACCAAAAGAACUACCACCACACUAAACAUACAAUAAUUCAGCGUCCAUGAUGGCGAAAAAAAAAUCAGUUGUUGUAGGGAAAUGAAUAAUUAUAAACAUACUUUGUUAAAUUAAAGCAUGUCCUUGAGGUGAAAGUGAUCAGAGCUUCUUUGUCAAAAGGCUACGUAUUCCUUUAACAAUCAUUCAUAUGUGUGAAUGUUGUUUUGUUUCUGUUAGAGAGAAAAAAGGUUUACAAUAUUCUGUUGCACUGAGAAAUAUUUUCCUUUCGUUUGGAUAUCGAGUGUCCGAGUUUACACUUACUGUUGAGUAUGAGCCAUUUUGUGUUGAGUUCAAAUCAUUUCUUCUCAGAGAGCUGUUUUAUGUUUGUAGGUAAUAUUCUUUUUAAAUAAAUUAAUAUUUUUGUCAACAACUGA